GGAAAGGAAGGGAGCUCGUGCCAGUGUGCCACACCCGCACCCGCCACCCGCCCUCGCCCGCAGUUCACAUCAGCCGCCGCCGCCGCAGCAGCAGCAGCACAGCGACGUCGCCGCCGUCCCCCCGCUGCCGGGCCGGUUCCCUUCCAGCCGCCGGGGGCCAUGUCGAGCGGCCUGGACAUGUCCCUGGACGACCUCAUCAAGCAGUCCAAAUCCCGGCCCAAGUCCAACCCGGCCUCCUCGUCGGGGCCAGCCCGCCGCGCGCCGCCGCCCGCCCGCGCGGCGCCCUACCCGCCGGCCGCCCCCAAGGCCCACCGCGCCGCCGCCGCCGCCGACUCGCCCUACGGGGUCUACUCCGAGCACAUCGCCGCCAUGGCCGCUGUCGUGCCGCCGCAGCCGGCCGCCGCGAGGUCGCUCGAGACGGGGACGAAGCUGCACAUCUCCAACCUUGACGCCGGCGUCACCGUCGAGGAUGUCCAGGAACUCUUCUCGGAGGUUGGCGAGCUCAAACGUUACUCAAUGAACUAUGACAAAGAUGGGACAUCCAAGGGAACUGCGGAAGUUGUCUUUGCAAGGAAGGUGGAUGCUUUGGAUGCCAUCAAGAGAUACAAUGGCGUUCUACUUGAUGGGAAGCCAAUGAACAUAGAGCUCAUCGGAAACAAUGCCGAACCACCUCCCAUGCCACCAGUAAUACACAACCGUCCUUUGCAGAACUAUAAUGAUAUCCAUAGCAGUGUGCCUCAAAACCAAAGAGGUGUUCUGCGAAGAGCACCUCAAAGCAAUGGUCGUGGUGGAGGCAGUAGUCAGAGCAGUGGUGGUCGCGGACAAGGGAAAGGCCGAGGGCAGGACCGGAACCGCACGCCCCUAUCUGCGGCAGAUCUUGAUGCUGAACUGGACAAUUACCAUGCAUCGGCAGUGAAAGAGAAAUGAUGCUCUGGCGUCCUGCUUAUUGUACUGGUGGGAAGGUGCUGAGGUUGCGGCUUUGUUUUAGAAGUUUGAGGUUGUUACUAUCCUAGCUAUAGUGUUUUGUACUAGAUAUUUUUUUCCGCAUAGUUAUAGAACCAUUCAGAUAUAUUGUUUGUGCACUACGAUUCUGGUGUGGACCAUAAUUGAUCCAGUUAGUACUACAUCCAGGAUGUAAGUUAUGCUAAUUUGCAGCCCUGUAGGCACGGUUGAGAACAAAUGCAAACCAACGGUUUCGUCUGUGCUACUCUGGCUCUAA